AGAUGAGAGACGCCGAAUCUCGGUUCUUGUAGCACCAGGCAGGACCAGUGCAGAGGGAAAUCCUCUGUACUCACAGGGGCCAUGCGGCUCGGGGAUAGCCCCUGCCUGGAGUGGUACGACGGAAAUCAAUACUGGUUUGAGGUCGGACCCACGGACUUGUUCGAACGCAAGGGCUCCCUGACCCUCCGGUCCCAUCACAAGAAAUAUUCGAAGCCUGUGUUGGUGCAUUCCUGGCAACAUGACAGAGAAGCUUUUCCCAAAGAUUAUGAUAUAGAAGGUCCUGAUAAAAUAAAAAGGCUGUGUGCUUCAACAUAUGGUCGAUUUGGAACUGAGGAACCUCCAAUUUGGAUAUCAGAAACACACGAAGAGAUGGCACAAGGUUUUUCAAACAAAAACUUCGUUGAAAUAAAGAGCAAGCCCUUAUUAAAUGAGGAAACAAUGUGCUCUGGGAUUAUUGAGAGGGAUACAGGGUUGCCUGCAACAGAUUUUGGGGCUCUUUUUACCAGACAUCCACCAGAUUGGAAUAAAAUGUAUACAAUGACAACAUACGCUGAAGAUUAUGUUCCACCACAUGAUUAUCCGCCACAUAUUCCUCUCUGUCAAGAUGAUUACUCAAUAGUCCACAGAAAAUGCCGUUCACAGUUCACAGACCUAGAUGGUUCCAAAAGAUUUGGCAUCCACACUUGGCAUGAUGAGAGUGGGAUUUAUGCAAAUUCAGAUGUAAAACAAAAACUCUACUCAUUGACUGUUAGUCCUAUUGUACCCUUUUUAAAAUAAUGUAUUGAAUCAGUUCUUGGAUAAUGAAAGAAUAAUGGAUAUAACAGUUGAUGAUUGCCUGUCUUAAUAAAUGCAAUGGAAUUAGGUUCCUUUAAACCCAAA